CACUUUUGCUCUUGAUAACUCUAUAAAUACCAACACCAAGAAAGCCCUCAAACUCCAAAGUUCUCAGUCACAAACUUACACAAGUGCUACAGCUUCUAAUACUAGCUAGUUCUCUCUAUAUCAAUCAAAUCUCAUCUAGAUACAUACACUCACUAUUUCUCUCACACCAAUUGUGUAUUAGUCAUGGGGGUCCGUAUGCUAUCCAUGAUUGCCAAUGCCAAGCAACUUCUCAAACUUCACUCCAUCCACACAAGAAAUCAGUCUGAUGUUCCGAAAGGCCACAUUGCAGUUUAUGUGGGAGAAAUCCAAAGAAAGCGGUUUGUGGUUCCCAUAUCAUACUUGAACCAUCCUUCAUUCCAAGACCUGCUUAAACGAGCUGAGGAAGAGUUUGGAUUCAAUCAUCCAAUGGGUGGUCUAACAAUUCCAUGCAAAGAGGACGCCUUCAUCAAUCUCACUUCUCAAUUGCAUGCCUCAUGAAAAGAAGAACAUGGAGCAAUCCUCCAAAAUUUUGAUAAUCUUUUGUAGUAGACUAGAGUAGUGGUAAACCCAAUAUAUGAUACUUUUCAACAUGUAAAUGAGUGGGCAAGAGAGAAUUGCUCUUCCACAAAAUCAUUUAGAAAUAAAAAUUCUCUCAUUUCAAAUCUUA